UACAGAGUUUGGCAAAGCACCGGUUCCUGCUGAGACUUCUACUGCCCCGAUCCGGGUGUUAUAGGAGGAGGAGGAGGAGGAGGAGGGCUAGGUUGCUGGUGUCACCCCAUUACUGUACAUGCAGGAUGAUGCGACAUGCUCUCCGUGUCCUGCACGCAGGAUGCUGAGGUCCUUGCAACCAACGGAAUAGCGAACUGGUGUAGAACUCCGACAGGGAACCGUGCAAACUUCUCCUGGCUGGCCAACAACUUCCAAGGGCUCCAGUCUUGCAAACUACCGAAAGCUCCUUCGCAAGAGAGCAUAAAAUUCUACAGAUGAGGUUGUCAGUGCCCAGUGAUGCCCCGGCCGUUCCUCCUCCGUGUCUUGCUGGUGCUGAUAGUGCUGUGCCAGGCUGCCUCGGCUCAGAUCAUGGAUUACCUGUAUGACAGCUGGAAGAAGUAUGAGACAGACUGUAACAAGAAUAUGUCCAUGGAGCCCCCUCCAGCAGGACUGGUCUGCAACCGGACGUUUGACAAAUUCUCCUGUUGGCCAGAUGCUCAACCUAAUACUACAGUCAACGUCCCUUGUCCAUGGUUCCUUCCUUGGUACAAGAAAGUGCAGCAUGGCUUUGUGUACAAGCACUGCGGGCCAGACGGGCAAUGGGCACCCACUGUGAAUGGCCAUGCACAGCGUGAUACCCGGGAAUGUGAACUUGACCAAGCGGAUUUGGAAGAUCAGGAAAGGUUUGCCAAGACUUAUGAAAGCUUUAAGAUCAUGUAUACUGUAGGAUACUCUUUGUCUGUCGGAGCGCUCAUACUGGCUCUUGGUAUUCUUGUAGGAUUCAGUAAACUCCACUGUAUGCGGAAUUAUAUUCAUAUCAACCUGUUCACGUCGUUCAUACUAAGGGGAGUGUCCGUGCUGGUGAGUGACACCAUGCUGAAGACUCGUUACAGUGAGAAAAUUGAUGGGGAAUACUUACAUGUCUGGCUCAGCAGUGAGGCUGGGUGCCGCGCUGCCACAGUCCUUAUGCAGUACGGAAUCAUUGCUAAUUACUGCUGGUUGCUGGUGGAGGGGAUCUACCUGCACAAUCUGCUGGUUUUAGCGGUAUUCUCAGAAAGAAGUUACUUUGCGCUUUAUAUCUGCAUCGGAUGGGGGACACCUAUUUUAUUUAUGAUCCCAUGGGUGGCUGUAAAAUAUACAUAUGAAAAUGUACUGUGCUGGAACACAAACAACAACAUGGCGUUUUGGUGGAUCCUGCGGUCUCCUGUGUUCCUUGCUAUACUGAUCAACUUCUUAAUAUUUAUGCGGAUUAUUCAGAUUCUCUUGUCCAAGAUGCGAGCUCAUCAGAUGAGGUACACAGACUAUAAACUCAGAUUGGCCAGGUCCACGCUCACCCUAAUUCCUCUUCUUGGAAUACAUGAGGUGGUAUUUGCGCUGAUCACAGAUGAGACUGCACAAGGAACCCUGCGACUGGUCAAACUUUUCUUUGACCUCUUCUUUAGUUCAUUCCAGGGAAUGCUGGUAGCCGUACUGUACUGUUUUGUCAACAAAGAGGUCCAGUCUGAGCUUUUGAAAAAAUGGAAACGGUGGAAACUUGGAAAAGAUAUUGAAGAUGAAUAUAAAAAUACUUACAGCCAACCUCCCCAACCUGGACACGGCAGUGUCUGUGAAAAGCACAAACUGGUUGAUAGCUGUAACAAUGGAACAGGCAAAUCGCGGCACAGUGAGGGCAUGUGGUACAAUGAGAAGACGGGCAGCAGUGCUACAGAGAACAUCACACUGAGUGAACGGCAGAAUAGCUUUGAGUAUCAUGAGAGCAGCUCAGAGCAUGUCCUCUAAGUUACAGUAUGCAAAGCCUUUGGUCAUACCAUGCAGAGGGCUCUGUGUAAUAUAACAAAGGCUUGUCUGUGACGUGCAGUAGUAAUGGUGACUGAACAACUAAAUGAAAACAUGACACAAAUUCUCAGAUGUUCUAUUCUGAUGAAAGAAGAUGUCCCAGGUGACGUUGCAAUGGUCAGUGAACUCACUGACAAAGAACUGAACACAGAACAACAGAAUAGAACACCAUGGAGACAUCGUUUAAACUGCUGAGCCCUAAGCUUUAGAGACUGUGAUUCUCAUAGCAUCUCAGAACAUUAUAAAAAAUAUUCUUUUAAAGACUAUUCGAUAUUCCAAAAAUAAGAAAUCAGCAGUAUUACAUGGGUAUCCCAAGACUAAGAGACAUGAUUUUUUUUUUUACAAGUGAACCUAUCCUGGAUAACCUCCAAUGCACACAAAUACACAGAGGCAUACUUCUGCCAGUUGGAAUGUAUUAGCCUAAUAAAAGUGGUUCCAAACCCUCACAGAGACUGGCUCCAACAUGGGGGAGAGGCUAUCAAUAAUCUUUUAGUCAAGAUGAGCUAUCGACUGUAUAGACUGGCACGCAUAGAGAAGACAGAUUGUGUUGUGAGUAUUACUCCUUUCACACCAAAAUCCCAGGUCUCAUCUGGGUUAGUGAACACGGUUUCAACCUGUGUUACAGCUGCUCAAACCCAUUUCACACCGCACGGUGGACCAAUGUUAUUCCCAGGUCGUUGCCUUUCCCACUGCAUCCGUUUCUGCCCUUUAAAACUGUUUGAGUUAUUAAAAGUGGACAUUACAGGCUCAUAAAGAUAAUGUAUGAAAAAUUAACACCCACCAAUGAGCACCUUUUAAACAUAACCCGGGUCCCACCUUUCACACCACAGACUAUCCGGCCCAAACCCGGGAAUAACAGUCGUACCAGGGUCAAAUGCUCAGUGUGAAAGGGGUAUAUGAUUACAGGAUCAAGGAGGGAGGGGGGAGCAAUAGUCAUUUAAAAUGCAUGAAACAUAAACAGUUACGAAAAACUAAAUGGAAAUUGACAGAGUUGCCCAAGCUUGUGUGAAGUUUCAGUUGUAUUUUGAAUUUAAAAAUAAAAUCAUAUUGCUAGAAAUAAUAGCAGCCCAGAUAUUAGUGAGUUGGGAUCUAUAACAGUUUAGUUAGACUAUUAGUAUUUGUGAAUAAUAGGCCCCUCCUUCAAUGUUUGUAACAAUGGACAUUUUGGACAGCAUUGAAUAUUUUCAUGGUUGUAGUUGUACCUUAGAAAGUGCAGUAAUUGAUAUGAUAACCAUUCUGUGAAAUUGGAGCAACAGUGUGAGAUUAUAACAAGCAAUUUUGGGUAGAAGUCCUAUUUUCGGUACCAGACAUUGGAGUUUCCAGAAUAAGGAUUUUAGUUAGCAAAUUAAUUAUUUUGCAUUUUGAGUAGUUACCCUUUAAACUGCCCAGUAAGCUGCAGGUGACAUGUCUUCUUUCUGUGCUUGCUUUCCAUGCUUCAGCUAUGCGAUCAGUGACCACUGACCAAUCCCAAAUUUUCCCUCAUAGAUCAGUGCAGGUAGCACAAAAUUCUAACUUGAGGCUAUAGAAAUACUGGCCACUCAAUUCAGUGCCCAGUAAUGAUCUGAAGAUGCCUGCCAGAAGCAAGUCAUUUUGAUAUUGGCCCAAAAAAUGUAUAAGAAAUAAAAAAAUGUACAUUGUGAAAGUGGUUUAACUAAUCCAAAUGUGUAAAAUUAUAAACCUAUAGACCCUUUGAAUGGACAUGUAAACAUAUUUAUUUGCUCAAGCAGUGGAUAACUGCUUGUAUAUUAGGGCUGGCCCUAUGUUAUAUAUAGUGCAGGUUUGGGUACAUGCACUCAGGUUCAUUAACCACUGUCAAUGUGUAAUGAAUAUUUGCAGUUUUGUCUGUUUUACAGUCUCCAACAUCCUAUUCAGAUUGAUUACCCAUACCUUUAUAUAUACCUAUAUCAUCCACUAUAGCAGUUAGACUGGCCCCUGGGCUGCAGCACUGUACACAGUGUGCAUGGGGGAGUUGGCCAGGACAUAUGAACAUACAUG